ACGGUUGCUAUGAUACAAGUUGCCCGGGCUUCAUCCUAGCCAAUGCCAAAAUUCAACUUGAUAUUCCCAAAUGUCUCACUGGUUGGCGGACCUCAAUUUUAAACAGGAUCAAAACACAGGGAAUUGGUGGCUGCUAUACAGUCUAGAUGAUUGUGUACCAAAAGGAAUAGGAGAUGAGGCUGUGGUUCUACAGUGGUAUGGGAUGGUUUACAGUACAGUGGUGUGGGAUGUUUUACACAGUGGUGUGGGAUGGUUUGCAGCCGAGGAGCUCCGCGCUAACCUCUCAUGGGAAGCAGUGGACACGACUGCCAUUACCGACGUCUUUCACUGGCGGAUAUAUGAGGCAUGUACACCCAUAGAAGGUAUCAUUACCGUAGCGUUUGAAGCUGUAGACACAAGGUGGGACUGGAUACAAUUCCUUAGGAUGAUGCAUUCUGGCGAUAAAGCUUCUGGUUUGGUCGCGCUGGCGGUGAUACUGCCCAUUGCCAUUAAUAAAAAAACUCUUAAGACGUUUAGUUUAUUAAAAAAAAAAAAAAAUCUAGCAACAAAAAGAUUAAUUUAUUCGUAAAUAAAAAGAAGAGCAGAUUACAAAUAAGCAUUUUGGAAACAGAAGUUAAUCAGCUAAUCUGCAAUCUCUCCUUCUUCCAACUCUCCAGGAAAGCAAUCUUCUUUCGAAUUUGGAAGGUUUCCUUUUUCUUGUGUUUCUGGUUCCUUGCCAAAUUCAGCUCUCAAAGGAAGAAAAUCAUCACCAUUUAUUUCUGCCAUGAUAUCUGAGAAUAUAUCUAAUAAACCUUGAUCAAAAUCAAUUUUCAUGUCUUCUAAAUCCAUUGAUUCCUUGGCAUGAGAGCUGGACUGCAAACUUUUGCCUGCUCCAGUGCUCCCCAACAAAGCCUUUGCUGA